AGAUGGAAAGAAGAGAUAUAUCUUUAUGGAAUAUGGAAAGGGACAGACUCUGGAGCAAGCAUGGGAUACCUUAGAACACCAUGACCAGACUGUCCUCUGCCAUGAGCUUCAAAGAGCGUGCGAUCGUCUGCGCCGUCUUGAGCAAGAGCCGGAGAAAUUCAUAGGGAAACUACGCAGGCCCCUCUAUAUGAUAGAUUAUCGCAUAUAAACUACAUGUCUGAAGUAGGGCCAUUCAAAACUGUCAAGGAUUUCUAUGACUGGUUGACAUUC